GUGGUAAUAAUAGUAUCUCAUUCUAGUCUGUCUGUAGAGAAUGUUUUGAGAGAUAAAAUAAAAAUAUUGUACGUACGUUACAUAUACAAAAUGAAUGAAUAUAAUUCUAAUGUGCCGGAACCUAGAAAAGUGGGAGUCUGGGCUGAAGGAACUCAUAUAGAAGCAAAGGAAUUUGUUAUACCGAAGAAGUCUCCAGACUCCAGCGAUGAUAUACCUACAAUACCAGACUUGGACGAUUUGCAAGACAUUUUGGAAAAAGAGAUAUCAAUGCCUCCUAUGACUGGCCAUAAAGACAGAGAGACAGCAAAUGCUCUGGCAGAAGUAGGUGGUGGUCUCUGUGGCUCAGUUGAGGGUGUGGAUGCAGUUCUGGAAAUAUUAAAGACCUACAUCCCUGAUGUGGAAGCAGACACAGCAGAUUCUGUGUGGACAGUGGAUUCAUUAUUAACACAACUAGCAGAAGAACAGGAUCCAGUACAGUAAAUAAAGAAUUGGAUUAUCUAGUCAGUUUUUUGUAAUUUUUAAACAUUAUAUUAUGAAACAGGAGAAAGAGAAAUAUUGACAGAUUAUAGAAUUUUAUUUGUAUAAAAAAUUAUCUUAAUUUAUGUUUUUAUUAUUAAGUUACCUAUGAAUAAGAAGGAAAUACACUUCUGUUCAUACUAAGUAUUAUCUAAGGGAAUGAUCUUUUGAUUAAUAAUUUAGAAUUAAGUUUGAUUAUAUCGAAAAUUAAAUAAAUUGAAGGUAAUGUGC